AUGUUGCUGAAAAAGCAGAGAUUGGGAAACAAGAGCGAGGUUGAUCAUGAACGGAAUGGGGUAGUGUUGUUCCCAGGCGACAAUCAGGCCAAGAAGGCACGGGAUGGAAGGAGCACAGCGAUCCACGUCAGCACAGUCGACAUCAGCAGCAGCUACGUGCCGGAGAAACGGUGUCGAAUCCACGUGUCUUUCGCCACGAUGGCACGUCGCCCUUACCGCUUGGCAUGGACUCCUCCUCGCCGCCAGCCCACUGGGCGGAAUCCGUACCCCCGCAUCCCUGUCUUUCCUCCCUCCUCCCAGUUCUUCCACGUGUGUGUGGGAGUGCGGUCCCCUCGAGGCAUCACCUCUGUCACUCGUGUUCCCAGGAGAUUCUCCGACUUCAUCAAUCUCUACAGCAUGCUUCUUCGCUCCUUUGACCGCCGCCGCCUCCCAGCCCCGCCUCCCAAGCUGCCACUGCAAAGAAUCUCCACCGACAGCCAUCGACUGGAGCAGCGGCGCCGUGCUCUAGAUGCGUGGCUGCAGCAGCUGUUAGAGGAUGUGGAGGUGUCCCGCUCCCGCCCCAUGGCUGCUUUCCUCGAGCUGGAGAGAGUUGCCAGAGCAGCUGCUUUGGCAGAGGACGAGGCGGAGGAGGAAGGGGAGGGAGGGGAGGGGGGAGCAGAGGAGGACGAGAACGUUCUGGAAGCGUCUGGCAGGCGGAGGAGGGCCGUGGGUGCACCUGUAGCGAAUGCUGCAGGGAAAGGCGCAGCAGCAACCGCAGCAGGAACAGCAGCAGGAGGAGAAGGAGGAGAAGGAGGAAAAGUGGGAGUGGGAGGCUUAAGCUUGUGGGGUUUUGGAAGCGGGUCGGCAGCUAGCAGUGUGACUAAAACGAAUACAGCAGCAGCAGCAACGGCGGCAGCAGCAGCAGCUGGGAGUGAUAACAUGGGGCGUGACUAUGCAGGAAGAGGAGGAGGAGGAGGAGGAGGAGGAGGAGGAGGAGGAGGAGGAGGAGGAGGAGGAGGAGGAGGAGGAGGAGGAGGAGGAGGAGGAGGAGGAGGAGGAGGAGGAGGAGGAGGGAGCGAUGCUGGGAGCGGGUUUGAGUACCACGAUGGCUCCCGCAUGGUGGCUUUCACGCGGGACUUUUCAGACGCCUCUUCCGUUGUCUCCUCUGCUGUCACGCCCUCCCCUCACCCCGCCUCCUCGCACCCUCUCGCCUCGUUUGAAGCACCUCUUGAGUCGCCUGCCUUUGAGAAAUCUCAGAAGCUUUCUCCUCUCCCGGCCGCUGCCUCACACCCUCUUUCCUCGUUUGAGGCAAGUUCGUUAAGCAGAGAGGUUGUCAGGGAGGGGGGUGGUGGUAGGAGCACGCAGCUAGACGUGAACAGUAUUAGUAUGAACAGUGCUGGUGUGAAUAGUGCGGGCAUGCCAGCAGGGCAGCGGGCAGGAGGAGGAGCAGAGGGAGGAGGAGGGAGAGGAGCAAGAGGAGAGGGGGAACGGGUAAGGGAGGGAGAAGAGAGGGAGGGGCGUUCGCAGGAGUUAGUGGAAGGAAUGGAUGGGAAAGAGAUGAGAGUGGGGCCGGGGGGAGAAAGGAGGCUCGAGGGAGGGGGGAUUGUUGACAACGGGCAGGAAUUGGGUGAACGGCUGGUUCAAGGCGUUUCCGGGCAGGUGGCGCUGAGCCUGCCCGAGGAGAAACGGGCAGCGGUGAAAAAGAUGCUGAUGGGGCUUCGGAGGCGACUGGUAACUGCCCAGACGGAUAUGGGGGAGUUGAUGGAGCGAGUGGCUCAGGAAACUGCUGUGAAGGAGUUUCUCGCAAGCAAGGUGCGGGGUUUGGAAGCUGAAUUGGACGCGGAGAGGAGGAAGCUGCGAGCAGAGGUGGUGAGGGAGGUGCGGGAGGAGCGGGAGCGACAGCUGGCGGCACAGUGGCAGGCAGAGGAGGACCGGGCUGCGCUGGGUGAAGCGAGAGAGAGUGUGGGAAGACUGGAGAAAGAGAAGGCAGAGCUACAGCAGCAGCUACAGUCAGCAACAGAGGAGCACCAGAAGGCACAACAGGGCAAGGCUGCUGAGCUGGCAGCUGUGCGGGCAGCAGAGGCUCAGGCUCGGGCCGAAGCAAAGCUGCUGGCUCGGGAGGUGAAGCUGCUUCGGCAGGCCGUUUCCGAGGCUGAGAGGAAGAGACGGGCGGCAGAGGAGCGGGCAGCUGAGCUGGAGGCUCAAGACAAUACACAUGCUGCCGCCGUGUCAGCAUGGCAGGGCAAGGCGGAGCGGUUCCUUCAUGAGCCAGGAGUGCAAGAGGAGAUGGAGCUGCUUGUUACAUCGGACAGGCGGCUUGAGCUGCUGGCAGCAGAGGCACGUCUACUGAAGCCUGGAAGCUCAGCUGCUGCACUCGAUGACAACAGAUUCGAUACAAGUACAAGCCUUUCGGAUGAGAGAAAGGGUGUACUGGAUGGUACAGCAGCUAUGCAGGCACCAAUCGACGGGUGUGAUGGAUCGUUCGCAGAGGGACAGGGUGAAGAUAGAGGCAGUGUAUUGGGGCGGGUUUACAUGGUGGACAGCGCGUUUCGGCAUGCUGUUGGUGACUUGCUGGAGGACGAAGCAUCGCUUAGGCGUAGAUGCACCCGGCUCUUUCUAGAUCAUUUACCAGCUUUUUACAUUCGGGAUUACUAUUAUUUUAACGAAAACGAGGCAACCAUUGAUAACGCGGAUUUCAAUUCAUCCUCCUCUCAUCCCCUUGUUUCAUUCGUCUCAGCAUUCUUGGCUCGUCACGGUCGACCUGAACUGCAAAUGGCGGCGAUUACUCUAUCCCGCAAGGCGCUAUGCGGAGUCUUUUCGCGAUCCGUCGCAGCCGUCCCAGCAACUGCCUCCUUGGCUCUGCACACGUCAUCACUUGUUGCUGACGCAAGCAUCCUUCGCAACGACACGUCACCACCAUCACCCUCCACGUCACCCUCCUCACCUCCACCAUGCCCCGUCCAAACCUCUCCCCACGCGUCACACCAAACCUACCCCCGAACCUCCUUCCAAACCGCAGCCACCGGUUCGUCAUCCCCUUCGCCAUCCUCGCUAUUGCAUCACCAUCAGCAGCCGCUGCUGCAGUUUCUAACCAGAGGCGGAAGGGGAGGAGAAGGGAAGAUUGAAGGGGCUCCUACAGCUUUUACUGGCGCAUUUGGAUCAAGCGGUGCUAGGGGGUACAGCUCGGUGGAUAUCCAUGGCACGACGGUGCUUUGUGUGCGGAAAGGAAACUCAGUGGUUAUUGCAGCAGACGGGCAGGUGACCAUGGGGGCGCAGAUCUUAAAGCCCAACGUGCGCAAGGUGCGCCGGCUGGGAGAGAAGAAAUCAGUCAUUGCUGGCUUCGCGGGCACCACAGCAGAUGCAUUCACUCUCUUCGACCGCUUCGAGUCUCGGAUUGAUGAAUAUCCAGCUCCCGGAUCCCUUCUCCCUCCCCACGACCUCCUUUCCCAUGUCCUCUUCCCGUUUCCCCCUUCUUCCCUUCUCCCUCCCCACGACCUCCUUUCCCAUGUCCUCUUCCCGUUUCCCCCUUCUUCCCUUCUCCCUCCCCACGACCUCCUUUCCCAUGUCCUCUUCCCGUUUCCCCCUUCUUCCCUUCUCCCUCCCCACGACCUCCUUUCCCAUGUCCUCUUCCCGUUUCCCCCUUCUUCCCUUCUCCCUCCCCACGACCUCCUUUCCCAUGUCCUCUUCCCGUUUCCCCCUUCUUCCCUCUCCCUCCCCUUAACAGCUGACGCGAGCAGCAGUAGAGCUAGCCAAGGCAUGGCGAACCAACAACUGACGCGAGCGGCCGUAGAACUGGCAAAGGCGUGGCGAACCGACAAGUACCUGAGGAAGCUGGAUGCCAUGCUAGUAGUGGCAGACGCCAAGGUGUCUCUGACCAUAACGGGCAACGGGGAUGUGCUGGAGCCGCAUGAUGGGAUCAUCGGCAUUGGUUCCGGAGGGCCCUAUGCAUUGGCAGCAGCUCGGGCACUGGCAGACAUCCCUGACCUGAGUGCUGAAGCCAUAGUGAAAAAGGCGAUGCGCAUCGCAGCAGACUGUUGCAUCUACACCAACGAGAAUGUAUCAAUGGAGCAAAUCACCAUGGACGAUGAGCCAGUUGCUUCUUGA